AUGAGCAUCCUCUUCCUAGCCUGCCUCCUAGCAAUCUGUCUCCCAAUCCUCUCGAAAACCGAUCCCCGCUACACCAACGGCCACCAUCCCUACGACGACGCCUACGACCGCGAAGGCCAGCCCCAACGCCGCGAAGUCAAGAACAACAAGGGGGAGGGCAAGCGACGGACGGUGCGGAUAGUGGAGCCAGAUCAGAAGAGGGACAGGAGGACGAGGGAGGGGAGACUGGAACGGGGUCAGAGGAGAUCCAUCGACAGCCGACGAAGGUAUUGA